AUGAAUACUAUUUAUGAGUUGGAUGAUCAGUGGAAAAAGCUCUUGAGUUUGAAUAAUUUUCUAGGUGGCCUAACUGUUAAUGAAUUUGUUCAAGAGUUGAGUAAGGAGCAUAGUGGAACUUCUCGUGGGCAUGGUGGGUCAAUCAGGGAUAGUGCAUUUGAUCAGGUGGACCCGAAGCCUUAUAUUAGAACUUUUGAAUCUGUUUUAAGGGAACUUAAGAAGUUACGCGUGGAAUGUGAGUCAAAAUUGGAAAAUCUAGAUCAACAGGUUGCAUUGAGUGAAAUAUCUCAUGCGAAGAAUUCUUUACAAUUAAAUGAUAGAUUUAGGUCAAUUGUAGCUACCCAUGAAGCAUUGGACCAAAUGUUGAGGUCUGUGACACAGGUGGUUUCUCCCUUAGGAGAAAAACUUGAAAAGUCAAUUAGAUCUAAGAACUCCUACAUGAAAGCAGUUGAGGUAAUGACCUACUAUAAUGAUUUUAAUGAAUAUGGAAAGUCGAAAAAGCUAGAGCAGUUACGUACAUCUUCCAAUUUUCACGACAAACUGCAGGCUGCUCUCCUGGUGAAGCAGCUGCUUAGUCUAUCCCGCAAGAUUGAUACCAAGUCGUUGCCAAAGACGAUUGAAGUUACUGCUCAUAUUGCAAAAUACUCAGAAGAGAUGGAAAAGAAUUUAUUGGACAGUUUUAAUGCGGCAUAUAGGAAGAAUGAUUUUGAUAAAUUAAAAGAGAUAGCUCUGAUUUUAAAGCACUUCAAUGGCGGUAUCAAUGUUAUUCAAAGCUUUAUCAACCAACAUGCAUAUUUUGCUAACUCUGAAGCAGAUGAAGAGCAUAAGACAGAUCUCUCAAUAUUUUCAAAAGCGGACCUUGCGGAAAAGCUAAAUAAUCCUGAAAUACAUGAUAUGUUCUACCCAGAUCCAUUGAUUAAGAACCUACAUGAAAUGGAAAACACUAUAAAGCUGGAGGCCAAAGUUGUGAAAAGAGUUUUUGAAGAGAGGGCAGCCGAUGUUUUGAAACUAUUUGUCCAGCAGCUAAUGGUGAAAAAAAUAGGGCCGAAGGUGACUUUGUAUAUGAAUACUGCUAUGACCAUUUCUAAUUUGGCUUACCUCAGGACACUUCAUGCAAUUUAUUCUUUGAUUAGUCAAUUCAUUAAAGACCUCUCAGAUGUUUUCAUAAAUCUAGAUGUUGACAAAGAUAAUAUCCUAUUGAAUAGUCUUGAUCAGGGAUUUAACGAACUUUUCUCUAAGAUUGUCUUUGAUAGGGCGAAGUACUUUGAAGUUGAAAAGAAGUGUCUGGAAAGUAUAUUGUUCCAUAAGACUUCAGAAUUUAAUCUUCAUCAUGAGAAAGACAUCAGAAACAGGAAUUUACUGAAUAAGCUGUCAUCUAAUAGUGAAAUUAAGGCCGAAUUAAGUGGACUUGUCAUGCAUGGAACGAAUAGCAGGCUUUCGAAGGUUAAUACUUUUAUUAAAAGCCACCUGGAAAGAGAUCGGAAAGGUUUAAGUAAAUCACCCUCAUUAAGACACAGUGGUACCCGAGAUACAGUAAUUGACAAAAAUCAAGAGGAUCCGCUGUAUACCUUAUCUUACUUGGAUAUGAUGUUGAAAUGCGCAGUUGAAUCGUUAGCAAGAAUGAUGGAGUUAAUUCCAACUGAUUCAAGCGAUUACUGCCUCAAACUAGUUGAGGUUGUUAUGGACGGCCUUAUUUCUUCGUAUGUUGACUCAGCACUUGAAGUAGCAUACACACAAUUAGCUCAUUUGGAUCCAUAUCAGGAUGGUGAUCUCAACUUAUCGUAUAUGAAAUACGUACCAAGGACCACUGAGAUGUUAAGCUUGAUAUCAGCAUCUGUUAAGGCUGUUAUUAUUCCGUUAUUAAACAAUGCCCCAGAGGCCAAGAAGAAUGUAAUAAAGCUGGUAAAUGCGUAUUUGAAAAAGUCGGAAUUGGCAAUAAAUGUUUUAUUAGAGGACACUAUUUCAUUUUUAGACCAAAAGUUUGCACAUAUACUGUCAAAGCAAAACAAAAGAGACUUUGUCCCAAAAUCUCAAGAAGUUGUCGAUCAGGAUACUAUUCCAGGUUCAGAAUUAGUUUCUGUUCUUGAUUUGAUUCAUUCUCAAGUGGUUGGCAAUUUGAUGAAUGCCAACCUGGAGAAUUUUUUAACGAAAGUUGGGACAUUACUUUAUGAGAAACUUCUUGAUCAUUACAAGAGGUUCCAAGUAAGCUCAGUUGGUGGGGUUAUAGUAACGAAGGAUAUUAUUGGCUAUCAAAGUGCUAUAGAAGAAUGGGGCAUUGAUGCUUUGAACGAGAAAUAUGCAUUGCUGAGGGAAUUGGCUAACUUGUUCACUAUUCAACCUGAAUUGUUGGAAUCUUUGACAAUGGAAGGUAGGUUAACUACAAUUGGGCGCAAUGUUAUAAGUGAAUAUAUCUCUAAAAGAGAAGAUUUUAACAACGAUAGUUUUAGAAGCAAAUUCAAGAUAAGUUUGAUGUAA